CCCGGCAAAUGCCUCCAGGAUUUGACAUCGUGCACCCCGUCCAAGUAGACGCCGGCGGCUCGUUUGUGUCCUACGACUUGUCUCCUCGCGUGUUGCACAAAAGGGACCUCUCGUCAAGGACCAGCUCCCCAUCCUAUUACGAGCUGCAUUACAGAGGACAGGACCUGCGGUUCAACCUGAGCGUCAACCAGGGGCUCCUCGCCCCGGGCUUCGUCAGGGAGCGGCGACACGGAGGCCUCGCCCGGACCAGGAUCCAGGCCUCCCCCCGUGGCGCCUGCCAUCUCCUCGGAGAAGUGCGGACCCAGCAGCGGCGAGGUGGCUUAGCCGCCAUCAGCACCUGCAGCGGCUUGAAAGGUGUGUUUCGACUGUCGCACGAAGACUAUUUCAUCGAGCCUUUGGAUGUGAGGGAACCCGAAGCUGGGACGGCCCACCCUCACGUGAUCUAUAAGCGACAGGCACCCGAACACCAGGAGGACUCAAGAGCGAAUUCCAGUGUAGGGAGAGAAACCAAGCCUCCGGGUGUCCUGAGAACUUGUGGAGUCAAAGAAUCUCAAGAAAACCUGGAGAAGUCGGAAAAGCGGAGAGAGCGGUGGGAACAGAAGCAGCAGAGGAAGCGACGCAUCAGGCAGCGCUCCAUCAGCAAGGAAAAGUGGGUGGAAACCUUGGUGGUGGCAGACCAGAAGAUGGUCGAGUACCACCGCCCCGAGCACAUAGAGAACUACGUGCUGACCGUCAUGAACAUGGUGGCUGGACUAUUCCAGGACUCCAGCAUCGGGAACCCCAUCAACAUUGCCCUCGUGCGCCUGGUCUUGUUAGAAGAUGAUGAGGUGGACUUGAAGAUCAGCCACCAUGCCGACAACACCUUGAAAAGCUUUUGCAAAUGGCAGAAAAACAUCAACACUAAGAGCGAUGCUCACCCUCAGCAUCACGACGUGGCCGUCCUGCUCACGAGGAAAGACAUCUGCGCGGCGAUGAACAAGCCAUGCGAGACGUUGGGCCUGUCUCACGUCUCGGGGAUGUGCCAGCCCCACAGAAGCUGCAAUAUCAAUGAGGACACGGGUCUCCCGCUGGCCUUCACCGUGGCCCACGAACUAGGCCACAGUUUUGGCAUUCAGCAUGACGGAAGCGGCAAUGACUGUGAACCAGUUGGGAAAAGACCUUUCAUCAUGUCUCCACAGCUCCUGUAUGACACCUCUCCACUCACCUGGUCCCGCUGCAGCCGCGAAUACGUCACAAGGUUCCUCGACCGAGGCUGGGGCCUGUGCCUCGAUGACCCCCCUGCCAAAAACGUGAUUGACUUCCCCUCGGUCCCUCCCGGGGUCCUGUACGACGUCAGCCACCAGUGCCGUCUCCAGUAUGGGGCAUACUCCACCUUCUGCGACGACAUGGAUAAUGUCUGUAACACCCUUUGGUGCUCCGUGGGCACUACCUGCCAUUCCAAGCUGGAUGCUGCUGUGGACGGCACUACCUGUGGCGAGAGCAAGUGGUGCUUCAACGGAGACUGCGUGCACAAGGGCUUCCGGCCAGAAGCCAUCCAUGGCGGCUGGGGGGCCUGGAGCUCGUGGUCGGUCUGCUCGCGGUCCUGCGGAGCGGGCGUGCAGAAUGCAGAGCGGCAGUGCAACAACCCUACGCCAAAGUACAGAGGCAAGUACUGCGUGGGGGAACGGAAACGGUUCCGCGUGUGUAACGUCAAGGCCUGCCCCUCGGACAGACUGUCCUUCCGUCACAUCCAGUGCAGUCAGUUCAACGCCAUGCUCUACAAAGGGAAGCUCUACAAAUGGGUCCCGGUGCCCAACAAUGUUAACCCCUGUGAGCUGCACUGCCGCCCAGAGGGAGAGUACUUUGCCGAGAAGCUGCGGGACGCGGUGGUCGAUGGCACCCCCUGCUACGAAGGGAACACCAGCCGGGAUGUCUGCAUCAAUGGGAUCUGCAAGAACGUGGGCUGUGACUACGAGAUCGACUCCAAUGCCAUCGAGGACCGGUGCGGAGUGUGCCACGGGGACGGCUCCACAUGCCAGACAGUGAAGAAGACGUUCGAGGAGAGCGAAGGCCUGGGAUACGUAGACGUCGGCCUGAUCCCGGCCGGGGCGAGGGAGAUCCGGAUCGAGGAAGUGGCCGAAGCCGGGAACUUCCUGGCACUCCGGAGCGAAGACCCGGAGAAGUAUUUCCUGAACGGCGGCUGGACCAUUCAGUGGAACGGGGAUUACAAAGUGGCCGGGACCACCUUCACGUACGAGAGGACCGGCAACUGGGAAAACCUCACCUCGCCGGGACCCACCCGAGAGCCCGUGUGGAUUCAGCUGCUGUUCCAGGAAAGUAACCCCGGCGUCCGCUACGAGUACACCAUCCGCAGGGGGGCGGACAGCGAGAACGAGAUUCAGCCCCCCGAGUUCUCCUGGCACUACGGCUCCUGGACCAAGUGCACGGCUACCUGCGGCACGGGUGUUCAGAGGCAGAGCGUGCACUGCGUGGAGAAGCUGGCGGGGCUGGUGGAGGAGCACUACUGUGACGCGCUGAGCCGACCCGACGACAGACAGAAGAAAUGCAGUGAGGAGCCCUGUCCCGCCAGGUGGUGGGUGGCCGAGUGGCAGAAGUGCUCCGUCACCUGCGGCGACGCCGGACUGCGCAAGAGGACGGUGCUGUGCAUCCAGAGCGUGGGACUGGACGAGCAGAGGGCCCUGCCCCCCGGAGACUGCCUCCACCUCCCCAAGCCGGACGCCCGGGAGCCUUGCCCGGGGAAUCCCCCCUGCCCGGCCCGCUGGGCCACAGGCAACUGGUCCGAGUGCUCGGUGACCUGUGGGAACGGGACGCAGCGGCGGCCGGUUUAUUGCAGCAACGACACCGGGGCUCCGUGCAGUGUCGCCCAGAGACCCGAGUCGGAAACAGCCUGCUCCCUCCCGCAGUGCCUCCACACCCUAGACAAGGCCCACCCCGACUGGUCGGGGAGCGGCUCCUCAAGCAAGGAACUCUUCAACGAGAUCCACUACAUCCCCGGUAACCACUUUCCCAAGUUCCCUCCGCUGGGGCCCGGAGGAGCCCCCGGGGCCAACGACCUGAACCUCAUCGACGAGGACGACUUCGCCUCUCCCGGCGGCAAGAAGGGCAACGUGUUCGUCGACGACUUUUACUACGAUUACAACUUCAUCAACUUCCACGAAGACCUGUCCUACUCCCCGCCGGGCGAGAGAGAUGAGGGCAGCGAGGGGAGGGGGGACGACGACGGGAGGGAGAGGCCGGGGGCCGGGGAGGCGACCCCCACCACGACGCCUCUCGAGGUGCCGCCCCAGACGGCGACGGAGGGAGGGGCGGAAACGGGCGGGGCUGGGGUCUCUCCCCCAGCGCCGGAUGCCGGGAAGGGAGGUGGUUCCUGGGCGACCGGGGGGGCCGACCCCGGGCCCCUCGAGACGACCCGGGCGGCCGAUGAGGAAGGGGCUGAGGUGUUUACUGAAGUUUUCCCAUCCCCUCAGCCGGGCCCGGCUCACGGUUCAGCAGACGGCCCCACUUACUUUCCCGCCACUGGCAUCCUGACCGCCCUGCCUCCCCACAGGCCUGCCACAUCCCCGCCCACUGAACCCAGAGAUCCCGACUCUUCAGCCGUCCCAAACGACGUCGGGAGAGGGGAGCCCCAUCCCGUGGGAAGAGAGGAUGAGCCCAAGGGUGGGAAGGGUGGUCCCCCGAGGGCCACUGAUCAAGGGGAGGGGGCUGCCAGCGGCCUCCACCCCUCCAUCGGUGACUCCCAGGAGGAAGAGGAGGAGGAGGAGGCAGAGACACCGCCGCGGCUGGGGGAGACAGCUAAUGCUUCUGGCGACAAAGACCCCACGGGCCCAGAGCCUGAGGGCCAGAAGCCCCCGGCAGGCCCGCGAGAUCACGGUUCAGCCACCCUCUUGCCCCCGCGGCUCCAGGGUGACCCGCCCGAGGAUCUCGCUCCUCUCCUCCCCACCCCUGCUCUGGAGGAGCCAAGCCCAGAAGGCAUCGCCCAAGACCCCGGGGAUGCCGUACGCUUCCUGGAUCCCGGUCGCCAGGCCCCAGCGGGCAGCAGCGCUUCCCCAGGAGGGACCCAGGAUCCUGGCCACUCCAGCCCCGCCACCGCCGAGACUGUUCCAGGGGCAGAUGGCCCAGAGUCUCCGCCCCAUCCCUCCAUCCCUUCCUCGGGGCCCGCGACCCCCGGACCAAGCAGGCCCCUCCUCUCUCCAGGCCCGACCCCCAGAGGGGGCUGGACACCGACCGUGACCUCGCUCCGGGGCAGUCUGGCCAGCCCAGCGGACGUUCCCAUCGGAAGCUCUGCCCCUGACCGUGAGCUGACCCCCGGGCCAGGGCUGGAGUGGGAUGCCAGGGAGCCAGGAGUGGGCUCCCACGCCCACUCCUCCAGGGCUCCGGAGACAUCCGGCCACGGGACCUUAGCCCAGAGCGCUGGAUACUUCCCGACCACACUGCAGCCUUCCACCCUCCCACAUCACCCGGGGAGCCGGCGACCUCCCUCGGGGACCAUUCUCCCUGGGACCACUCCACUCCCUGCAGCGGUCCCUGCGGCAGCCAGCUGGGAAGUUGGAAACUGGAGUGAGUGCUCCACCACGUGCGGCCUGGGGGGCAUCUGGAGGACCGUCCGCUGCAGCUCGGGCCGAGAAGAAGACUGUGUCCUUGCCAACAAGCCGGUGCCCGCGCGCAGGUGCUACCUGAGGCCCUGCGCCUCGUGGAGCACGGGCAACUGGAGCAAGUGCUCCAAGAACUGCGGGGGCGGUUCCAAGGUGAGAGAUGUCCACUGUGCGGACCUGCGCGAUCAGCGGCCUCUCCGGCCUUUCCACUGCCAGCCCCUCCUCGGCAAACCCCCGGCCCAGCUGCCUUGCCACGUUGACCCAUGCCUGGACUGGUACAUGUCGUCCUGGAGGGAGUGUUCCGAGGCCUGCGGGGGCGGGGAGCAACAGAGGCUGGUGACCUGCCCGCAGUUUGGCAAGUGCGAUGAGCUGCUGAGACCCAACACCACCAGACCCUGCAACACCCACCCGUGCACCAAGUGGGUGGUUGGAUCAUGGGGACCGUGCACGGCCCCCUGCGGGGGCGGGAUCCAGCGGCGGCUGGUCAAGUGCGUGAACACCAAGACCGGGCAUCCCGAGGAGGACAGCAGCCUGUGCGACCAUGAGGCCUGGCCCGAGAACUCCCAGAAGUGCAACCCCCAGGACUGCGACCUCGGCGAGUUCGGCUCCGUCUGCGACCGAGACCACCUGACGUUUAGCUUCUGCGAGACCCUGCGGCUCCUGGGCAGGUGCCUGCUUCCGACCGUCAGGGUGCAGUGCUGCAGGACGUGCAGCCUCCACGGCUCCGGUCCCCGGGAACGGGGAGACGAGCGGGCGUCGCGGAGGUGAGGGGGCCCGGCCCGCCUCGGGCCCUGCUGCCCCUCGUCUGACUUUUCUUCCGGGGACCACGUUGGUGCUCUUUUUUGUUUUUUUAACAACCCAGGGAAGAUGUAUCUUUUCGCCAAAAGCUCCCGUUCACGGUGCUUCGCGGGUGGUGCCGAGACCGAGCUGAGAGAACAGACGGGUUUCUCACUUUGCCAGUCAUACCUCAUAUCCCGCCACCGCCCAGAGGAGGAGGAGGAGGACGACGCGGCGCUAGGCCGACCGCACCCUCACCCGCUGGCUGACGGGAGGGCCGACGUCCACCUCCUCCCUCUUUCUGGGGGGUGGGGUACCUCCCCACCCCAAGGGAGAUUUUUUUUUAUCCUAUUGAAUUUUUAAACUAUCCUUUUUUAUAUUUUAAAUAAAGGAGCAUCUAUCCCUCCACAAACAGCGUAGUUUAUCUUUGUUUGGGGGGGUGUUUUUUUUUUAAAUGGAGAAAGCUUCAGUUGGCUGCCCCCCUACCCCUUUGAUUUUCCUUAGAAACAUUUACAGUAAAGUGGAGUUCAGUGACUUGUGCUCAGGGCCACUGCCUCUUUUUACUUAGAGCAGCAUGGCAGCUCACGGCACAUAGUCACUCCUCGCUGCGAAUGCCGACUGGGGCAAAUCAGGAUCCAAGAUGGAUGGGUGGAUGGAUGGAUGGAUAGAUGGAUGGAUGGUUGGAUGGAUGGCCAGCCCUUUACCUCCUCCCCAAGGCCUGAGGAAAGAAAAUGUGCUAAGCAGGAAACAGUUCCACAUGUGGGCAAUGCUACAGGAGGGCAGGUCACUCAGUCGGAGCCGGCUCGCUCGCUUUGGCUGUCUGACUGUCUCAUUCCCUGCCGGGACAGAGGGUGGUGGUCUGCUCAGGUUAGGCCACCCCACUGUAUACUCUUUUCAUCCUAUUCAACUGGACUCCUUGCUGCACAACUGGAUUUCUGAACAGCAACAUCCCAUCCCGUUCCUUGUCCCGUCACUCUCCAGUAAGGAUGGAGAGUAUUAUUUCUGGGUUCCUGUCAGUUUAAAAGCUUCUUCCUUGGGCUACAGAUUCACCUCUGUCUAUGGGGAGGGGUGUGGGAGGGUGGAGAUUGGGAGUAGUAGAUGAGAGGGUUGAAGAGGGGCUAACAUGAGGCUGGGGGCCAACCACAGGUAGACAGCCUCAACAGUCCUGGCCUUGGGCAUAGAAGGCAACCGAAUUGGGCAUGAGGCAGCCGGAGGCCGGUGGUGGCCAGAAGGGACCAGUGGCAUCUGUGCUGGCCCAGUUGCCCCCUCAACUCACCGGGCCGUGAACUAGCUCCCGGUGCGGUCAGCGGCAGGUUUGUGUAUGUUUGUGUGUGUGUGUCCAGGGGUCUCCCAUCCUGACGCGUUCCCUAUCCGCCCUCCCUGCUUCUCUUUUCUGUAAGAAAUCAUUCCCGAGUGUUUAUUUUAUUGGCUGUAGCUCACAACUGUUUUGAAUUAAACCAUUCCCAAGGAAA